AUGCUCAGAUCCAAGACAGCGGUCCAAUUCAAUAAGCUCGUCGCGAGGAGCUUCCACAAACACUCUGUGGUGAGGCGGCAAGCAAAUGUGUCUUCCGGACAAUUUGGUCAGGUAUUUAAAAGCGCUGGAGGUGCUUACACGCCCUUAGACACAUUCCAAAGAAGACAUUUAGGGCCCAGUCCCGGUAAUGUCAAGGACAUGCUUCAGACUAUGGGAUACCAAGAUUUAGACAAUUUUGUGAAAAACGUGGUACCCGAUCAGGUGCUCACAAAGCGUCCGUUGAAGCUGGAUGCCCCCGAUAGGGGUUUCACGGAGCAAGAAAUGCUGCGGAAACUACAAGACGUCGCUAGCAAAAACGAUUGGCAAGUCAAAAAUUUUAUUGGGAAAGGUUACUACGGUACAAUUUUACCGCCCGUGAUCCAGAGGAAUCUUUUGGAGUGCCCAGAAUGGUACACUUCGUAUACGCCAUACCAACCGGAGAUCUCACAAGGGAGGCUCGAAUCGUUGCUCAAUUUUCAAACAGUUGUAUCCGAUUUGACCGGUUUACCCAUCGCAAACGCUUCUCUGCUGGACGAAGGCACUGCGGCCGGUGAAGCGAUGCUUUUGGCGUUCAAUCAGGCCAAGAAAAAGAGAAGCAAGUUUGUGAUCGACAAAAGACUACACCCUCAAACUAAAUCUGUCCUUAAAACGAGAAGCGUUCCUUACGCGAUCGAGAUCGUGGAGGUCGACACCUAUGAUGUCGAUGCCGCUGUGAAGAUUCUUGCCGAUAAGCAAGUUUUCGGGGCUAUCGUGCAAUACCCGGCUACGGACGGUUCUAUCAUCUCUGGGGAUGCUCUGAUCGCUAUUGCCAAGACAUUGCACGAAAAUAAAGCUUUGCUCGGUGUCGCUGCGGAUUUGAUGUCGCUGACGUUACUCAAGGCGCCCGCUGAAUUUGGUGCCGACUUGGUAUUUGGCUCUUCUCAGCGUUUCGGUGUACCUUUUGGUUGCGGUGGUCCACAUGCCGCUUUUUUUGCCGUCAUAGACAAAUUGAGCAGAAAAAUCCCAGGAAGAAUAGUUGGUGUCUCUAAGGAUCGAUUGGGGAAACCGGCGCUACGUCUCGCUUUGCAAACCAGAGAGCAACACAUCAAACGGGACAAAGCCACUUCCAAUAUUUGUACUGCGCAGGCACUUUUGGCUAACAUUGCCGCUAAUUACUGUGUCUACCAUGGUCCAGAGGGCUUGCGUGACAUUGCGCAGCGCAUCUACGGAUUUACAUCCGUGUUGGCUUCGAAAAUUUCGAAAGAGACUAAUCACCAAAUUGUCAAUAAGAACUGGUUCGACACUCUGACAAUAAAACUAGCUGACGGCGCUUCUUCUUCUCGAAUCUUGCAGUUCGCAUACGAUAAAUACUCAAUUAACCUUUUCCAAGUCGAUGAGAACACGGUCGCUCUGUCAUUGGACGAAACCGUGAGCAAAGAGGACCUUGUGAGCUUGUGUCAACUUUUUGGUGCAUCGGAUGAUCUUCCAACUACUUUGCCUCACUUCCCAACUGAACUACAGCGCCAAGACGCCAUCUUGACAAACGAGGUGUUCAAUCAACAUCACAGUGAGACUGCUAUGUUGAGAUACUUGCAUCGUCUACAGAGCCGCGAUCUUUCCUUAGCAAACUCCAUGAUUCCUCUUGGCUCUUGUACCAUGAAGUUAAACUCUACGGUAGAAAUGAUGCCAGUAACAUGGCCCCAGUUCGCCAAUAUCCAUCCAUUCCAACCUCCAAGUCAAACGAAGGGCUACGAGGAACUCAUUGCAUCGCUAGAAUCGGAUUUGGCAGACAUCACGGGACUCGAUGCAGUCUCUUUGCAACCCAAUUCCGGAGCACAAGGUGAGUACACGGGUCUUCUUGUGAUCAAGAAUUAUCUGAGCUCGAUCGGUCAAAGCCAUAGAAACGUCUGCUUAAUCCCCGUCUCUGCUCACGGCACAAAUCCUGCUUCCGCAGCUAUGGGUGGUAUGAAGGUGGUUCCUGUCAACUGUUUGGAGGACGGGUCGCUCGACUUGGAGGACUUGAGACGCAGAUCGGACCAGCAUAAGGAUGAUCUUGCCGCCAUUAUGAUCACGUACCCGUCCACAUAUGGUUUGUUCGGUCCAAGCAUCAAGGAAGCGCUGGACAUUGUCCAUGAGCAUGGUGGUCAAGUGUAUUUGGAUGGAGCGAAUAUGAACGCCCAAGUUGGAUUGACCUCUCCAGGUGAUUUGGGCGCAGACGUGUGUCAUUUGAACUUGCACAAGACGUUUGCCAUCCCACACGGUGGCGGCGGUCCCGGUGUCGGUCCUAUCUGUGUCAAGUCGCAUUUGGCGCCUUUCCUACCACGCCACGACGUGGUCGAUAUGAUCACGGGCGUUGGAAGCGAACAGAGCAUAUCGUCGGUCUCGAGCGCGCCUUACGGAAGCGCCUCGAUUUUGCCCAUUUCCUACGCGUACAUCAAGAUGAUGGGCUCGCAAGGGUUGCCCUUCUCGUCCGUCAUCGCGAUGCUGAAUGCCAAUUACAUGAUGAAUAGACUCAAGGGCCAUUACGACAUUCUGUUUGUUAACGAAAAGUCCACCAUUCGUCACUGCGGCCACGAGUUCAUCGUCGACCUGAGAGCUUAUAAGACGCACGGUAUCGAGGCCAUCGACGUCGCCAAGAGACUACAGGAUUACGGUUUUCACGCGCCCACGCUUGCGUUUCCGGUACCGGGCACGCUGAUGGUUGAGCCCACGGAGUCCGAAAAUCGCGAAGAGCUCGACCGCUUUGUGGACGCCAUGAUCUCGAUCAAGCGUGAGAUCGACCUUUACAUAGCCAAGGACCCUCGAGGUGCCGUGCUGAAAAACGCUCCCCACUCGUUAGACGACGUGGUUACGAGCUCCGACUGGAACCAAAGAGGUUACACCCGAGAAAUGGCCGUGUACCCGCUGCCAUAUCUGCGCUACAACAAAUUCUGGCCCCCAGUGGCCCGUCUGGACGACACCUACGGCGACAUGAACCUCAUGUGCACAUGUCCGAGCGUCGAGGAAGUUGCCAAUGAGUAG